UAUAGGUUUCACCAUUACAGCUUUGAUAGCACGAGUUUCUCCGCUAUCAAUCAUCAUCUACGAUGAAUGUAGUUGAAAUCAAAUUUCUAAAUCAGUAACUUCAUCUUCUUCUUUUCAUCAAUUUUCUCUUUUCAUUUUAUAAAUUUCGUUUUGCAUUUCAUCUUCCUCUCAAUAUAUAGCUUUUGAUUUCUGAUUCUGUAUCCUGCUUUUAACGGAGCAUUAGUACAUACGAUCUACUGUAUCCUUGCAUCUUUCCUAGUCAUUUUCUGUUAAGUUUUCUAUCCAAUUAUUUAUUUUUUGGUAGUUUCUGUUUGUAUAAAUUCUCUCACGCGCCAAUUAAACUCAGUUUGGUAUUGGAUAAUCGAAUAAUGACUAGGAUGAUUACUAAAGAGAAGGAAAUAGUCGAUGAAAAUGAGUUCAUUGAGGAGGAGGAAGAGGAGGAGAAGUUAAACUGGUUAAGGUCACAAGUUAUCGGAGGUGAUGACUUUGAAUUUGAAACUCCAUUUGGGAAACGGAGACUAGUUUACGCUGACCAUACUGCUUCCGGGAGAUCUCUUCAUUAUAUUGAAACUUACAUCGUAAAAAAUGUUCUUCCUUUUUAUGGAAACACUCAUACGAGUGACAGUUAUGUAGGGCGCAAGACAACUAAAAUGGUGCACGAAGCAACAAACUACGUAAAGAAAUGCAUGGGUGGAAGUCUAGAUGAUGCCCUGAUCUUUUGUGGAUCAGGAACAACUGCCGCAAUCAAAAGACUUCAGGAAGUAAUGGGAAUUUGGGUUCCAUCAACUCUGCGGGAUAGAAUCAUUCAAUACCUGAAUAAUGAAGAAAGGUGGUUAGUAUUUAUUGGGCCAUAUGAGCAUCAUUCCAACGUACUUUCAUGGCGUCAAAGUACAGCUCAAGUAAUAGAAAUAGGGUUAGAUAAUGAUGGUUUAGUACACAUGGAAAGUCUAAGAAUUCAUCUUGAAAAAUAUAAAUCCGAAAAUCGUCCAAUGUUAGGUUCAUUCUCAGCUUGUAGUAAUGUCACGGGUAUAGUUGUUGAUACACGUGCCAUCUCUCGCCUUCUUCACAAGUAUGGUGCUUUUGCAUGCUUCGACUUCGCAGCAAGUGCUCCCUAUAUGGAGAUGGACAUGCGAUCAGGCAAUCUAGAUGGCUAUGAUGCUAUUUUCGUAAGCCCCCAUAAGUUCCUUGGUGGUCCUGGAACACCAGGAAUUCUUAUGAUGAAUAAGGCCCUGUAUGAGCUGAGAUCUUCCGCCCCUUCAACUUGUGGAGGAGGCACUGUUUGCUAUGUCAAUGACUUUAAUGCAAAGGAUACCUUAUACCACGACGACAUCGAAGAAAGAGAAGACGCUGGUACACCUCCGAUCAUCCAAAAAAUACGAGCGUCAUUGGUAUUUUGGGUGAAAGAAUUCGUAGGGCACCAUCUAAUCGAAAAGAAAGAGGAAUUCUACAUAGAAAAAGCUCUCAAGAGACUCCUCCAGAAUCCAAACAUAUGGAUACUAGGAAAUACCGAAGUCAAAAGACAAGCCAUCCUUUCUUUUCUUGUUUUCCCUAACACUUCCAAUUCUACGUCUUCUUCGCUAGUAGAUGAAAGAAACAGAAAACUUUACACAGUAAGAGAGUCAGGGAAGCCUUUACACGGGCCUUUCGUUGCGAAGCUUCUGAAUGACCUUUUUGGAAUUCAGGCUCGAGGUGGGUGUGCCUGUGCUGGACCCUACGCUCACCAUUUGCUCGGUGUAGGUGAAAUUCUAUCUCUUGUCUUUCGAGCCACCAUCAAAAAGGGUUACCAUGGUAUAAAACCAGGAUGGGCAAGAAUCAGCUUUCCGUAUUACAUGUCAAAGGAAGAAUUCAAUUUCAUAUUAUCAGCUCUAGAGUUUAUUUCCAAAUAUGGUGACCGCUUCCUUCCAUUGUACAGCUUUAACUGGAAAACAGGGCAAUGGACAUUUAGAAGGAAAUCAAUCAACGCUGACGUAGUGUGGGAUAAUCAAAAACUCGUCCAGUUGAUGGAUAAGCUAUUUAACCAACCUAAGAACAUGACAACGAUCGACCCAAAUGAUAAUGGGAGUAAUGGUGGUGAAUACAAAGCUAAUAAUGAUGUGGAAGUGAUUCAAAGUUUUAAGCUCUACUUAGAGACUGCUAAAGACAUUGCUGAUUCUCUCUCAAAAUUUACUCAUCAACGUAAAAUUCCCAACGAUAUUGAUCCAAAUCUUGUUUACUUUGCAAUAUAGGGACCCAUAUGAUGUGUAAAGGUUAAGCUUUACAUUUUGUAUUUGUUUGGUGUUUGUGUGAAUAAGUGUGUAAAUGGGGGAAAAUGCCAAGAAUCCCGACCAAAAAUCCUGCUUCUAAUAAAUGGCUGGGCCUAAGAACGCUGCAGGAGCAGCCCAUUCCCUUUUCCGGAUGAAAAUUUGGAAACCUUUUUUGAGGCAUACUCAUUUUCUUUGAGGCAUACUCAUUCAUUAUACCAUCUUGGGUGGAUUUA